GCUGCAGGGUUGACAGUUUGGGGAAACCAUUUCCUCAAACACUGGAGAACUUUACACCGCUGGAGAUUUUACUGUCCCACCUUUGAAACUUCAGCUGGGAUAAUGUUUAACUCUAAAGCAUGACUUUCGCGUUACUUUACAGUUCCCUGUGUGCGUAGCUUUGGGGAAAUCGAUGCGUUUUGAUUGGGAAGGGUAACAAUCGCAGAAAAAAUGGUUUCCGUCUCCAAAGUUCUGCUCGGUGUCCUAGGGGUUGCCGUGGUGGUCAUUUUGAUUGCGGUCCCCACGGUAAUAUUUCUAAAAGAGGAUGAGGCGUCCAUCACAAAAACGUUCACACUGACCGACGUCUUCAACUCCUCACUGAGACCAGCGUUCUACAACAUGAAAUGGAUAUCAGAUUCUGAGUAUUUGCACAGAGAAUCCGACGACUCUGUCUCCCUCUACGACGUGAAGACAAGUGAUGUUAAAGAAUUUCUGAACAGAGACUUGUUUAUAGCACGGCACGCCUAUGACUACAUGCUGUCUGCUGACCGCAGAUAUGUCGCUUUCAUGAGCAACUAUAACAAGGUGUGGAGACAUUCAUUCACAGCUUCUUAUAGCCUCUAUGAUCGAGAUUCAAACAAAGAUGUCAGCCCCGCUGAUAUUCCAGAUAUAGUCCAGUACUUUGCUUGGGCUCCUACUGGGAACAAACUGGCAUAUGUUUGGGACAACAACGUGUAUCUGAAGACCAGCCCUGAGUCCCCAAGGCAGCAGCUCACUACAAACGGGGAGCCAAAUAAGAUCUUAAACGGGAUUCCAGACUGGGUGUAUGAGGAGGAGAUGUUCUCGUCUAAUGCGGGUUUCUGGUGGUCACCUGGUGGGAAGUAUUUGGCCUAUGCUGAGUUCAAUGACACUCCGGUGCACAAUAUUGAGUACUCCUUCUAUGGCGAUGGGCAGUACCCCAGCACCAUUUCCAUUCCAUACCCUAAGCCAGGUACUCCCAACCCUGUUGUGAAACUGUUUGUUGUGGAUACUGACAACACAACAAUAAUCACUGGAGUUGUUGUUCCAGCUGCAUUCAAAACAAUCGACCACUACUUAGCAACCGUUACCUGGGUAACUGAUACACGUAUAGCUGUUCAGUGGCUGAAGAGACUGCAGAACCACCUCAUCCUUCAGAUUUAUGACUUCAGCGGAUCUGCCUGGAAUCCCGUCGAGGACCUGGAGCUGACAAGCACUGGCUGGAUUGGGCGGUUCUCUCCAUCAGAGCCGGUUUUUGCCCCCGAUGGAAAUAGUUACUACCUGAUCAUGAGUGACAGUGCAAAGUACAAGCACAUCCAUCAUGUGGAUAAGGGAGAGGCUACAGCCAUCACAUCUGGAAACUGGGAGGCCAUUGAUAUUCUCAAAGUCACUGCAGAUAGUGUGUAUUAUUCAAGUAAUGAAAAAGACAACAAGCCUGGAGGAAGGAAUGUCUACGUGUGGUCAAACCAAGGCUCCAGGUGUCUAACCUGCUCCCUUCUAUCAGACUGUGAAUAUAACUCAGCGUACCUGAGCCACAAUGCCUCCUACUACCGUUUCAGCUGCAGUGGUCCCAGAAUCCCGUAUUAUUCGCUUAUAGAUACGAAGAGUAAUAAACCAAUGAAGACUUUGGAAGAGAACAAGGCAUUUGAAGGUGAAAUAUCCCAACUCUCAAUGCCUACUGUUCGUCGAGGGACCAUUAAGCUCAAUAAUUAUAAUCUUUGGUAUCAGAUGUAUUUACCCCCAGACUUUGAUGAGUCCGAGAGGUAUCCUCUGCUAAUAGACGUGUAUGCCGGUCCCUGCAGUCAGAAAGUAGACAUGAGGUACAGGGUGGGCUGGUCCACCUACCUGGCAAGCACUCAGAAAGUCAUUGUUGCCAGCUUUGACGGAAGAGGAAGCGGUUACCAGGGCGACCAGCUGAUGCAUGAAAUCUACCAACGGCUGGGAACCUAUGAGGUGGAAGAUCAGAUAAGAGCGACUAAGGAGUUCAUAAAAAUGGGCUUUAUUGACGAAACAAGGAUUGCUAUAUGGGGAUGGUCCUAUGGUGGGUAUGUAUCUUCAAUGGUCCUGGGUUCUGGCAGCGGAGUUUUCAAAUGUGGAAUGGCAGUGGCUCCUGUAUCCAAAUGGGAAUAUUAUGACUCCAUCUACACAGAGCGUUAUAUGAGGCAGCCCUCAGAGAAUAGAGAUGCCUAUGAUAACUCCACAGUAACAGCCAGAGCCAAGAACUUCCAAUCAGUACAGUAUCUUCUGGUUCAUGGAACAGCUGACGAUAAUGUUCACUUCCAGCAGGCUGCUGAGAUCUCAGAAGCUUUGGUCGAGGAGCAGGUUGACUUUGAGGCCAUGUGGUACACGGACAAAGACCACGGACUGGGAGGCUCAGCAAAUAUGCACGUCUACAAUCACAUGUCCAAGUUCCUAAAUACAUGCUUUGAAUAAAAUAAUCUAUAUUUAA